AUGAUCACGACGUCGUCCGCCCUAAACUACGAGACGUUACCAGCCACGACGUUUACAUUAGACGUAACGGUAUCGGAUCCUGUGACGUCAGAUAUGGGAACGAUCACGAUCUACGUCGCGAACGAGAACGAGCCUCCGGCGUUCGGCCUGACAAGCUACACUCUAUCGGCGACAGAGGGAGUGGCGGGAACGGUCAUAGGAACGCCGUCCUUUGACGUCACGGACCCUGACUCCGGAGAAACGGCCCGACUCACCAUGGACUGCGGUACAGAGACCGGAUACUUUCACAUGGACCACACUUCCGGUCAAGUCACCUUCCAGUCCGACUAUGACCUUGACCUUGGCACUCUGCCAACCACAGUUUCCUGCACUGUGACGGUCACUGACUCCGGAAGUUUGACAGAUACCGCCGACCUUACAAUAACUAUCAAUUACGUAAAUGACAACGUUCCUACGUUUUCACCAACGUCGUACAGCUUCUACGUGAGUUAUUACGCCGAUGCCGGUACAGCGUUAGGUUACGUUACGGCGACGGACGGCGAUGCUGGAGCGAACGGUGUCAUAACGUUCACAUUGAACCAAACGUCACUGGGUGAUGAAUUCUUUGCAAUCAACUCCAGCGGAGCGAUUACUUUGAAAGGGUCCCCGUCGUCUAUGUCACUAGGAUACGGUACGUCAGUGACAGUGACGUCACGGGCUUCUGACGCUGGUGGAAACGAGGACACUGCCCCUGUCACGAUCAUUAUUUCCGAAACGACCACGACAACAACGACUACAACCACAGACCGAUACCGGAAGUUCGCGGAAGACAGCAAGAACGUAGCGUGGGUCGUAGCCGCCAGUAUCGUAGGUUUAGCGUGUGUGGUUGGCGCCGGUAUCGUCCUGUACACGUGCCACGGCGAAAACGGCUGUGGCCAGUUUAAGAGAACAUGCUGCAACAAGAGAAGAACCUACAAUCCUCGCCGAUCGAACAAAACAGGCGAUCAGUUCAGAAAGAAACCACGUGAUCAAUUCCAAGAGGAGUCACGUGAUUUGAUGACGACACCAAGCAUUAUUUCUGUCGCCAUGCGAAGUCCGAUAUCAGGCACAGUGAGAAAACCGCCGCCUCCAAAAUGUGAGUAG